GAAGAAAAACCGAAGAGAAUCGAGAAGGAAAAUUAUAGGGUUUCAAUUUCACUUUCAGAGGAGGUUGAGGUCACGAGUUAUCGUCGAUUCCACCUCCAAUGGGGAAAAACCAGAAAUCAGGGUUAGGAAGAGCCUUGGUGAAGCAGCACAAUCAAAUGAUUCAGCAGAGCAAGGAAAAGGGUCAUUUCUACAAGAAGAAGGUUCUGGAAUCCUUCACAGAGAUCAGCGACAUUGACGCCGUUAUCGAACAAGCUGAGCACCCUCAACCUCUCUUCCCCACACCACACCGCGCUAUCAAUCUGGAUCCGAACUCUGGCACUGGCACGAGUGACAUGACACCUGAAGAAAUGAGGAAGCAGCAGAAGAGGGAAGAGGCGUUGCAUGCUAGCAGUCUCCGUGUUCCGCGUAGGCCACCAUGGAGUGCAGGCAUGACUGUUGAGGAGCUUGAUGAUCAUGAAAAACAAGCUUUCCUCAUUUGGCGUCGCAGUCUAGCAAGACUCUAGGAAAAUGAGAAGCUUGUCCUUACUCCUUUUGAGAAAAAUCUUGAUAUCUGGAGACAGCUCUGGCGGGUUGUUGAGCGCAGUGAUUUGCUUGUUAUGGUUGUUGAUUCACGAGACCCACUAUUCUAUCGCUGUCCUGAUCUUGAGGCAUAUACACGGGAGGUUGAUGAGCAUAAACGCACAUUGCUCUUGGUUAAUAAGGCAGAUCUCUUACCAGCUUCUGUCAGAGAGAAGUGGGUAGAGUAUUUUCAUGCUCAUAAUAUUCUAUACAUCUUCUGGUCAGCUAAAGCUGCUUCAGCAGCUCUUGAAGGUAAAAAACUUAGGUCCCCAUUGGAAGCUAAUGACUCAGGGAGAAACCAUAAUUCAGACACGAAGAUAUAUGACAGGGAUGAGCUUCUGGCACGGUUGCAGUCAGAGGCAGAAGAGAUAGUACAGAUGAGGAGAAAUUCCAGUUCCUCUGACACAGGGCCAUCUAAUGUGCAAUCUUUCGGUGACAAUGCUGCUGCUGGUAGUUCCUCAUCAAGUAAUGUGGUAGUGGGAUUUGUUGGAUAUCCUAAUGUUGGCAAAAGUUCAACUAUUAAUGCUCUGGUUGGUAAAAAACGGACAGGUGUCACCUCUACUCCAGGGAAGACAAAGCAUUUCCAAACACUAAUUAUUUCUAACAAACUGACCCUUUGUGACUGUCCUGGAUUAGUUUUCCCCUCUUUCUCAAGCUCAAGAUAUGAGAUGAUUGCUUGUGGAGUGUUGCCUAUCAAUAGGAUGACACAACACAGGGAGGCUGUGCAAGUUGUAGCUGAUAAAGUCCCAAGACAUGUCAUUGAGGAGAUUUAUAAGAUCAGUUUACCAAAACCUAAGCCUUAUGAGCCUCAAUCACGCCCCCCUCUGGCAUCUGAACUUUUGAGAGCAUAUUGUGCUUCUCGUGGAUAUGUUGCCUCCAGUGGACUGCCUGAUGAAACUAGAGCUGCUCGUCAGAUACUGAAAGAUUACAUUGAUGGGAAGCUACCUCACUAUGAAUUGCCUCCUGGAAUGUCAAGUGUGGAACUAGCUUUGGAAGGUUAUGCAGGACUUGACUCAUUCAACUUGCAAGACUCUCUUUCGUCUGGUACCAAAGAUGUUGACGGUGAAGUUGGACCAGAUCUUGAGCAUGUAUUAGAUGACCUCAAUUCAUUUGACAUGGCUAAUGGACUCCCUUCAAAUAAAGUUACUAUUAAGACAUCUGAUGCAUCUCAUAAGCACCAUAAGAAGCCGCAGAUUAAAAAGGAUCAUUCUUGGGGAGCAGGAAAUAAGAAUGAUGCUGACAGGAUACCGGUUGCAAAAUUCUUUGAGAAACCAGUAAACCCAAACCAUGUGAAGGUCUAAUAAGUUCAACCCAAGCUUGUAUUUGUACAGCAGCCAGCACCUGAUCUGUUAGGCCUAGUAUGUACAUUGUUAGUCUCAGAUGGAAUAAGUCACAUUAAUUUGUGUGUGAUCCGUUGUAGAACUAAAACACGUAGACAGUCCCAAUGAACUUUCCCCCAAAACCUAAACGGGGUAAAAAGAAAAGAAAAUAGAAAAAUAUUGUAUUUACAGUGAUGAGUUAUUUCUAUCAUUAAUCUAUGUGAUAUAAACAGAUUUUGUG